UUUUAUUUUAGAAAAAAAAUUGACAUUAAGUUGUAAUCAUAACAACCUUUCCAAAAGUCCAUCUUGAUUGAUUCCUCUCUCUCUUUCUCUCUCAAAAGGAUUUGAUUUGAAAUUCAUGUAAAGUUGUUGCCUACAUGGUGUUUCGAUCGUGUUUCUCUACAAACUGCUCUUAAUAACUAUAUGGGUUCUUUCUCUGGGUUUUAAUGGAGGAGAGCAAAACAAGCAUUUUCCUUCAAACCCAGAGCCAAAAAUGGGAGGAGUCUGCAAUUGGGCUUCAAGAGUUGGGAAUUAUUGAAUUCAAUAUUUAUGGUUAUCUGGGUUGCUUUAAGAUCAACAAUGAUUGUUGAUGAUACAAGAUGCAAAAUUUGAUCUGGGUUUUUGCGGGAAAAAAAAAGAGAAAGAUCAGCUGAAAUAUUUUAUUCAUAUAUUAAAUAGGCGGAUCCAAUGGAGUCAUCAGCUCCAUUGCCUAGUUCAGCUCCAAGGAAAAAAAUUACAAAACAGUUAACAGGUAAAAAAGAUGAUACUCCAUUGCAUUCUGCAGCUAGAGCAGGGAAUUUGGCUGCUGCAAUGGAGAUCUUAACCGGUACUCAGGAAGCAGAGUUGAAAGAAUUGUUAGAGAAGCAAAAUCAGUCAGGAGAGACCGCUUUAUAUGUAGCUGCAGAAUAUGGUUAUGUUGAUUUAGUUAGGGAAAUGAUUAAAUAUUACGAUCUUAGUGAUGCUAGUAUCAAAGCAAGAAAUGGGUUUGACGCAUUCCACAUUGCAGCUAAGCAAGGGGAUUUAGAUAUAUUGGCAAUUCUAAUGGAGGCUCAUCCAGAAUUGGCUAUGACUGUUGAUUUAUCAAACACCACAGCUUUGCAUACUGCUGCAACACAAGGGCAUAUAGAGGUAGUGAGAUUAUUGUUAAAUGCAGGAAGUAGUUUGGCUACCAUUGCUAGAAGUAAUGGCAAAACUGCAUUGCAUUCCGCGGCUAGAAAUGGGCAUUUGGAGGUUGUUAGGGCACUUGUGGCAAUGGAGCCUGGGAUAGUGAUAAGGGUAGAUAAAAAAGGGCAGACUGCACUUCACAUGGCGGUGAAGGGGCAGAACGUCGAGGUGGUGGAGGAGUUGAUUAAUGCAGAACCUUCUUCGGUGAACAUGGUUGAUACUAAAGGCAAUACAGCAUUACAUAUAGCCACUCGAAAAGGAAGAACUAAGAUUGUUAUGUUGCUGCUCAGGUGCAACCAAACAGACACAAAAGCUGUCAAUAGAACUGGUGAAACUGCUUUCGAUACGGCUGAGAAAACUGGGCACUCGGAUGUUGCAGCCAUUUUGCGGGAACAUGGGGUUCAGAGUGCCACAAUUAUUAAGCCAGAACUAACAAAUCCAGCACGAGAAUUGAAGCAAACUGUGAGUGACAUAAAACAUGAAGUUCACUAUCAGUUGGAACACACCCGACAAACUCGCAAGCGAGUACAAGGCAUUGCUAAACGUCUUAACAAAAUGCAUACAGAAGGUCUUAACAAUGCCAUCAACUCGACAACUGUGGUCGCUGUCCUUAUUGCUACAGUCGCCUUUGCAGCUAUUUUCACUGUCCCUGGCCAAUACGUCGAAGACCAAAAUGAAAUGCCCCCAGGACAGUCACUCGGGGCAGCAAAUAUUGCUCGGAGAGCUCCAUUUCUUAUAUUCUUUGUGUUCGACUCGAUUGCCCUCUUCAUUUCUCUAGCUGUUGUAAUUGUGCAAACAUCAGUUGUUGUCAUAGAAAGCAAGGCGAAGAAGCAGAUGAUGGCGAUCAUUAACAAGUUGAUGUGGUUAGCUUGUGCACUUAUAUCAGUAGCAUUUUUAGCUCUGUCGUUCAUUGUUGUGGGGAAGCAUGAGAUAUGGUUGGCAAUUAGUGUGACAAUUAUAGGAACAGGUAUAAUGGUUACAACUCUGGGAACUAUGUGUUACUGGGUAAUUAAGCAUCGGAUUGAAGCCUCGAAUAUGAGGAGUAUACGAAGAUCAUCGCUAGGAAGCAGAUCGCGAUCAUUUUCAAUGUCUAUGAUGUCUGAUACUGAUAUCAUAACAAAUGAGUAUAAGAAAAUGUAUGCAAUUUGAUACACUCUCAUACAAAAGAUCUUUUCUUUGGCAUACUGCA